GUCACUGAAACCUCUCGAGAGGUAUCGUCGAGUUGGAAUGAUCAGCUUGUGAUCAAAUGAUCCGUGUGAACCAGUACAAGAAAAUGGCUUGUGACUAGCGUUGAGUGCAUAUUGCAUUUCCCUCUACAGCUAGGUUCAUGAUGUGAGGGAUUUGUUAUCACCUCCGCUGAUGAUGAGGCUGGAAUCAUUGAUGUGGUGCUGCUGUGCAAAACAUCACGAAAAUAAACAAUGUGUUAAACGGGGAUCCGGUGGCUUUCAUUGUUCUUUCUUAAUGUUUCUUGUCAGCCUAGAGAAGAGAAGCUUGGAAGUUUUUCACAGCGGGCUUUUAGUUCGCGGGGAGAGAAUGGAGGUGUGCGUUCGCAUAUUGACCAAGUUUACCCUGAAGAGCCUGCGAGCUAUCGGGGAGCACUUCAUACACGAUUCGGUUUUUUCAUUGCAUGUUAGAGUGUAGCCCAAUGUACAUCCGGCGUUAAAAAAAAUAAAUCCACGUUUUAUGUUGGGUUUUUUGCAGGGAGGCAACUUCGAACUGGCAGUAAAUCCACGGCAAAGUCUGCUGUCUGGGACAGCUCCUGGUAAAACCAGGCUUCAUGGGGUGGAGGGGAUAAGAGUAGUGAUGAAAUUGACAGAGAAUCUUUCCCUUCUUCUAGCUAGUCAAGAGAAGAAGUGAAAUGGACAAGUUCUCAGUUUCAGCAAUGCAUCUUUUGGGGGGAGGGGGGACAGUGCAUCUUUAGUGUGUGUUCCUUUGACAUCUGAAAGUCUGAGAAUACAAGGAGUAUUGUUUUAAUUCUUGUUAUUUUGUGUUUAAAUCCCGAGUCAGGAUAAGCAGUUAAGCACUCUGAGAGUGGAAAAACCAGCCAGACAAACCACCCUCCUGUCUGAAUCUGCCUCUUCCCUCCACCCCAGCAGUCCUAGAUUCUCACACACUGCUAGGUUCUGAGAUGCAGCUAGCUUAAGAUACAGCUAAAGAGAAAAUAUGGAGGUUGCUUGAUAUUUUUUCCUUUCCCCUGUGGGAACACUUAUCUGCAGAAACUUCUGCAAAGCAGCAGUCUCUGAAUCUAUUCAGAUUUUGCUUCCCCCAGAAGCUGUGAUUCCAGUCCUGAGUUUGGUGGAGACAGAUUUCUUCUCUUUCCCUAGUACUAAAGACAAGGCACAAUCUCCAGGAUAGAUGCUCCUUUCUAUUCAGACCAGGCCUUAAUACAAUAAUGUAGCAAAAUCUCUGCCAGAGACCCUGGAGAGCAGCUGCCCAUCAGGGAAGCCCUUAGGACCCAAGAUGGACUGAGAUUGUGCCUCAGUAUUAGAAGCUUUCUGUGUAUCCCUCCAUACUUAAUAAUUUAAGGAUGACAUCAUUCCUCAGAAUUACAGUGCUUCCUUUGUAUGCCGGAGGUCCCAGCAUACCUUCUAGGGUAAACUCUAGGGUUACCAACUGUCCUUUAUUAGCAGGGACAUCCCUUUUUUCAGUCCAAAUUUGUCUGUCCCUUAUUUUCAACUAAUGGGAAGAACCUGUGGCUUAGAUUGAAUUGGUUAUUUUCACUAAUAAUGAAAUAAAGAUGACUAGCUGACCAGGCGCAUAGCGUCUGUGCCCCUAGUUCGACUCUCCCCCCGCCUUCUCCCUGUCUUCCUGCAGGCGUCUCUGAUGCCCACCUGGCCCACUUCUCCCCACCACCACCCAUCCACGGUUUCUCCUGCCACCACCUCCUCUUCCUGGAGGCCCAGCUGCCUCCUGACCCUGGUGGGUGCGCAGGCUGCCGCCACCUCACCCCAACUGGAGCCACUGCCAUUUCCCCUGGCAGCAGCUCAACAGCCUCGUGCCGCGUGGGAGCUCCCGCUGCCCAGCCAAUCCGGCACCUCUGCCUCCCAGCCAAUCUGCUGGGUGCCAGGACGCAUCCCCGUGGGCACGUCUACAAGGAUUAAUUAUAAAGAAGUUCAUGAGCUUCAAUUCCUUUCUCUUCUCCCUCCCUACCAGAGUUCUCUGGUUCUGGUGGACUGCUAGGGUUGCCAAGAGUCCCGCACUCGGAACAUUAACAGCCAUCAAUGAUUGGCUGACUUACCAUUCUCCAGGUAUCAGUAUCAUGAAAACCAUGAAAGUGAUGGUUAGGUUUCACACACAAGCGCUGUCAUUUCUGGCUGACAACAACUCAACUAACCAUGGUUAUAUCAACAAGCAGAGGAGAAGCAAUCUAAGUUGUAACUAGUUUAAGUUGAAAGUGGCCAAAAACACACAUAGCACUGCUCCUCAGGCCCCUGAUCACCCCCACAUAUUCCCCCUCUAUGUCCCUUAUUCUGACAAUGGAAUGUUGGCAACUCUAGGUUGAUCCCUGGCAUCUCCUGUUCUGAGAAACUCAGGCUGCAGAACUACAAAGGCCCUUGUCUCUGCUGGGUGCUUUCCAGAUUAGCUGCUCAGCAGCAGCAAAAUGCUUCCGUUCAGGCCAAUCACAUUUUAUUUUAUUAUUAUUAUUAUUAUUAUUAUUAUUAUUAUUUAUUAGAAACGUAAACAGCAGGGGGAGCAGUCUCGAGAAAACUAACAACCCGAAAAAGCAGCAACUUUUUAACGUCAGAUACACGAUGUUAUAGCACUAUAUCAUAGUGAUUAAAUUCAAAACCAGGCAUUGGAAAUGUGAAUGGCACCCUGCUGUCAGCGGAGGGACUGCGGUGUCACAACACAGAAAGUGUGGAAACACACUUCCGAGAUCUGCUGUGACCCCAUUGCAGGGUGUAAUCUGGAAAGCGCCCUGGAGAACUCUUACUACAGCUUGGGGUUUUCUUUAAAUGGGGGUGGGGCAGAUAUUUCUUAAUAAGGGAGUGGUGUAAAUGUGUUGGUCUGUGGUAGUCUCUAAUUUCUUUGCUUUCUUUUCUUUUUCUCAGAGACAGACUGAUUUCCGAGUGUGGAUUAAUGUCUGGAGACUAUAAUAACUUCCAAAGUGUCCAGCAAACACUACUUAGCUUUAUGUAACAAUGCAGUGACCUCUUUGUACUAUUCUUAGUCUGGCAGUUAAAGUGAGGACUAAUUUUGGCUGUGUUUGUGCACAGGGAAAAAUGGAUUUACAAGGACCAGCCAGUAAUGUAAACAGGGAAGGAGCAGAAAAAGGCCCUCAAGCCAUCCAAUCUGAGAGUGACAGGAAAUGCUGGGAAGGAACCAUACAGAAGAUCCUGGCAGGAGACACCACCAGCUCUGAUGUCCAGCAGCGGAGGUUUGUGCACUUCCGUUACGAGGAGGCCAAAGGGCCCCGAGAGGUUUGCAGACGUGUCCACGAUCUUUGCCAUCAGUGGCUGAAGCCAGAAAUACACACAAAGAUGCAGAUCCUGGACCUGGUGAUCCUGGAGCAGUUCCUGACCAUCCUGCCCCAUGAGAUGGAGAGCUGGGUGAGAGAAUGUGGAGCGGAGACCAGUUCCCAGGCGGUGGCCCUGGCAGAAGGUUUCCUCUUGAGCCAGGCAGAAGACAAGAAGCAGAAAGAGCAGCAGAUGAUGGCCAAAGUGAGCACUGAUCUCCCAGAACUGGAGAAGGCUCCAUCAGAUAUCAGUCAGGGACCACUGUUCAAGGGGAUCAUGCAGGAGUAUGAUGGAGGUACCAUUUUGCUGGGUAAAGAUGAAAGAGGUACUGAGAUGACCUUGGCAACUCACCCUAUGUCUUUUCCUCUUGGUAGUGGAGUGGAACCAGUUGCUGUUCAGGGUAUCAUGGCCUUUGAGGAGGUGGCUGUGUGUUUCUCCGAGGAGGAGUGGGCUCUGCUGGAUCCAGGCCAAAGGGCUCUGCACAGAGAAGUCAUGGAAGAGAAUUCUGGGCAUCUGGCCUGGCUGGGAAAACUGCCAUUUCCUAAAACUGACCUCGCCUCCUGCCUGAAAGAAGAAGACGAGCUAUUUUCCAGUGACUCCAAGGACGGGGAGAGUUCACAAGAUGAGAAGCGGGAGAGCGAGAAGGCGGGUGAAGCACCGAGAAGGAAAACUGAAACAAAAGAGAAAAAGAUGAAGGAGCCUAUUGUUUCUGAAAGGGCAGACUUCCAUGUAAUUCCAGUCCAGGAAGAAUGUCACCAAGGAGAGAAACAGAGUAAGACUCCUCUGUGUGUAAAAAUGUUUGGUAUUAAAUCGCACCUUAGCACACAUCAGAGAAUUGACUCUGGAGAAAAAUCAUAUAUAUGUUCAAAAUGCGGAAAGAAUUUCAGCUGGAAGAUUAACCUAACUUCUCGCCAAAGCAUUCACACAGACAAGAAACCACAUGAAUGCUUGGAAUGUGGAAAGAGUCAGGGGUCAAGUGUUAAUGAUAAUACACAAAUCCACACUGGCGGAAAACCAUAUAUAUGCUCCGAGUGUGGAAAGAGCUUCUAUCAGAAGAGUAAUCUCACGUACCACCAAAGAAUCCACACAGGAGAGAAACCAUAUACCUGCAAUGAGUGUGGAAAGAGCUUCAGCCGCAGUGACCACCUUACAUCGCAUCUAAGAAUCCACACUGGAUUGAAACCUUAUCAAUGCUUGGAGUGUGGGAAGGGCUUCACUCUGAAGAAAACACUUACUUUGCAUCAAACUGUCCACACAGGAGAGAAACCAUAUACCUGCAAAGAGUGUGGAAAGAGUUUCAGCUAUAGCUUUGGCCUUGCUUAUCACCAAAAAACUCACAAAGGAGUGAAACCCUAUCAGUGUUUGGAGUGUGGAAAGAACUUCACCGAGAGGAUAACGCUUAGUCGGCAUCAAAAAAUCCAUACAGGAGAGAAACCACAUCAGUGCUUGGAGUGUGGGAAGGGCUUCUGCCGUAUCGAUAGCCUUAAAUGCCAUCAAAAAAUCCACACAGAUGUUAUUAAUUCCACAGAGAAGCCAUUUAAAUGUUCAUAGUGUUGAUUGAGUUUCAUUCACAUUACUCACCUUACUUUCCAUCAGAGAGUCCACCCAGGAGAGAUCCCUUAUCAUAACACCAUUCAUAAAGUAUAUGAAUUUUUUUACCCAUAUAAGAACAGCCCUGCUGGAUCAGGCUCAAGGCCUAUUUAGUCCAGCAUCCUAUUCAGAGGCGUCCUGCCUCUGAGCUUGAAGGCAGCCUGUAUUGAUCAAGACUAGUAGAUACUGGUAGACUUGUCCAAGCUGGUAUCCAUCAGCUCCUCCUGUGGCAGAGGUUUAACGACAUACCGUGCAAUAAAGUACUUCCUUUAGUUAAUCCUACAUUUCCUGGGAGUCGGUUUCAUGGGAUGGCCACUGGUUCUAGUGUUGUGGGAGAGGAAUAAAAUUUUCUCUAUCCACUUUCUCCACACCAUACAUAAUUGUAUAGCCUUCAAUGUCUCCCCUUAGUCAUCUUUUUUCUAAAAGAAAAAACUCCAGACGUUGUAGCCUUGCCUCAUAAGGAAGGUGGUCCAGACCCCUGAAUAUCUUGGCGUCCCUCUUCUGCUCCUCUUCCAAUUCUACAAUGUCCCUCUUGAGAUAUGGUAACCAGAACUGUACCAAGUACUCCAGUGCGGCUACACCAUAGAUCUGUAUAAGGGCAUUAUAAUAGUAGCAGUUAUAUUUUCAACCCCUUUCCUAAUGAUCCGGAGCAUGCAAUUUGCCUUUUUCACUGCUGCUGCACAGAGCCAACAAUUUUAGCAUGUUGUCCACCAUGACCCCAAGAUCUCCCUCUUGGUCAGUCAUCCACAGCUCAGACUCCAGCAGCGUAUGUUAGGGUUUUUUGCCCCACUGCGCAUCACCUUGAACCACAUUUGCCUGUGACUGUGAACUCUGUGUCACCCCCACCCCAAUCAAGCUGCUGCUUAUUGCUGCAGAAACUCUGGUUCCGCCCUCUCUCAUCCCCCCAGUGAGACAAGGGCACAGGAUCAUGCUUUCACCAGCCAGGUACAAGUGGUGCCUGCCCUAAAGGUCUAGUCUUAGCAACGAGCCAAGAUGUUUGUUUUUUUUAAAGUAAGAGUGAAAUGUUUGAUUUGACAAGUGGCCUUCUUUGAAGAUGGCCGUGCUUUCUUUUCAUGCGGCUAGUCAUUGUGGAGAAUUUUCUUUUUAGUAUUUACCACCCACUCGCCCAUCUUCCCCACUCCCCUUACAUGGGGGUGGUGAUGCUAGCCCUGGGCCUUUGACCAGAUGAGGUAUUCCAUUAGAAUUCAGUUGCCUUAUGCACUAGCCAUGAUCAUGCAGUCAAAGCACCGCCUGGUGGCUCCAAAGAUGUACUGCUGGCUAGUAACAUUGCAAGCACAGUUGCCAGUACAUGUAAGCAGCAUGUGAAGUUAGCUGAUAGUCAACUGGAACACCUGCAUGGUAAAAGUGCUUAGCCUCUGAUCAAAGUCGCAUUUCAGUCGGUGCUUAUAAGACUCCCUUUCCAGAAUUUUCCAACUGCCUCCUUCCUUUUAAGAAAUGUUUAAUUCUGACCACUGCAGACAAUAGGUAACAAGAAGAGCAGUCUUGACAGUUUUCUGCCCCUCCACUAACCUAGGAAUUUGUGGUAUUAACAUGGAAAUGAUGUUUGGGGGGGGAAAGACAUGGAUGUUUAUUGUGUGUACCGCACACAAUACAAGAAUGGAGCUCCAUAAAAAUAAGUAAAGUUGGAAGGUAACUUAGAAGUCUUUUAGUCCAAUUCCUGCUCAGAGCGGGAAUCUCCUACAACAUUCCUGACAGAUAGUCUAGACAUUCAGGUUCUGCUUGAAUCUAUCGCCAUAUGAGGUGGACUCUUCCCUUAUUGUUAGGAAAUUGUUAGGAACCCUUAUUGUUAGGAACCCUUAUUGUUAGGAAAUUCCUGCUAAUAUCUAGCCUAAAUGGGCCUCCUUGUUAUUUCAGCCCAAUGUUGUUUUUGGACAAUGGAGAACAGGGAUAUCAUUCACCAGAAUUAGUCCAUUCUAAAACAAGGCCUUCAUCACAGACCUCUCUGUAUUAUAAUUUGGAGAAUUGCACAAACGCAGAUCCAACUGUCUCCCUGUUAAGAAAUAAAUGUGUCUCUGCCUUUGUACACUUAUUGCUCUGAGCCUCACAAAAUCAUUUGCUGGGGCAAAAGGAACAUCUUCCCCAUAGCACUGGAGAUGAGUCACUGUUUCCCUAGAAGCAAUAGUUAAAACAUCAGAAAAUUCUGAGGAACUUUGCUAAUGGGAAAACUUGCUUGCCUCCAUUUUAAAUGAGGAAGAACAACAGGGAGAAUUCCAUUCUUUCUUGCUGGAGAACUGGAGUCGGCAUCCAUCAAUGUGGGGGCGGGGAGAAUAUUGAAUAUUGAAAAAUUAGUUUAACUCAGAUUUUUGUAUCAGUCCCAAAACUGCGUUCUUUAAAGUAAGCCUUGCAACAGUGGUGGAUGCCUCCCCUUUCCUGCUUGCUAUGUACCCUGUGCUUGGCGACUUGGUCCUUUGAUGAAGCCUCUCCUGCUCCUUGUUCUACCCCACACAUAGCUGAUGCCAGCCUUCUAUGCCUCUGCUGUGCCCCUCACUCAGUUCCCUUAGUGAUCUUUGGGGAGAGACCUUCAAUACCUGCGCGUGUCAGAGGGACUAGAUAGAAAGCCACUCUGAUAAUAGACAAAAAUAGCAUGCCCAUUCACUACAUGUGAACACUAGAAGUUACAGUAUUCCCCUUAUGGGAUGGGGCUGCUCUGGGAAGAGUGCUUGCAUGCAGAAGGUUCCAAGUUCCUUCCUUGGCAUCCCCAGAUCGAGCUGAUUGAGACUUCUCUCUGCAACUUUGGAGAAGCCGCUGCCAGUCUGUAGAAAAUACUAAGCUAGAUGGACCAAUGGUCUGACUCUAGGGCACUCUUACCUCUGGACUUCCAUGCCGAAAUCCAGGCUCUCAUCCCCUGAGGCCCUCCACAAAUCCUCUUUGGUCUGUCCUGGAUGAUGUGGUCACUGCGCCGUGCCACCAGCGUGCACUGUACCAAACAUGACCUCAGCCUAUGCCGGGUGGCUACAUAUGACCUCUGCUUUAGAGAUGGAGGAGUGGGGAAAGAAAGAAGUGGGAUGGGAAUAUGUGAAGUUGCAUGUUGAAAUGUUUCUGCUAAUGCAUAUAUGCAUAAAUAUAUCUGUUUUAUAUUCUUA